GUGAUGAUAGAUAUUGAAAAAUGCAUAUAAUCCGGUUUCUAGAUAUAAACAGCAAUUCAAUUUUUGGUAGUAGGUACCUAGUCAGUGAUAUAACGUCGUAUUCAACAGUGAGCAGCCAAUCUUCACGUGCAAGGCGCACGUGUUCCACAUAGACCCGAAGACCAAGCGAUCGUGGAUGUCGGCUAGCUCCGCCGCAGUGUCAGUCUCCUUCUUCUAUGAUUCCUCGAGGAAUUUAUAUCGUAUCAUCAGUGUCGAAGGCACCAAGGCUGUGAUCAACAGCACCAUAACGGCGAACAUGACCUUCACGAAGACUUCUCAGAAGUUCGGCCAGUGGAGUGACGUCAGGGCGAACACCGUAUACGGCCUGGGUUUCGCUUCGGAAGCAGAGUUGGGCAAGGUCGGUGAGGUCUCUUCGGGUCGGUCGACGCGUGUCACUUUUAAACCGUUUUUAUCUUACAAAAUAUCGUUACAGUUUAUAGAGAAGUUCCAAGAGGUGAAGGAAGCGAUACAAGCCCAGCAAUGUUCGGGCGGCGCCAAGAGCGUGACCAACGGCAACAGCGGCGCCGCCACGCCCGUGGCCAGCGCCACCGCCAGCCCGCUGCUGGCCGCGCGCACGCAGCCCGACGAGCCCGCCUGCGUCUCCCCCGCACAGGCGAAACCGGAAAACGACGAGUUAGCGGUUCACCAGAGAGCUCAUUCGGUGUCAUCGACGCUGCAGGUAAAUUAUUUUCUUUUCCGUUUUCUUAAACUACAUGCCUGUUACUUUAGGUUUAAUUUUUAAUGUUCAAAUAAUGUUUCGUCUACCGUUGACAAAUAAUAAAUGCUUAAAAAUUCACACGUAUUUGAAUAUCGUAAUAAUCUGUAUUAUUAAAGUAUCAUUUGGGGCCCCGAGGACGGUCUAAAUUAAAAUUAAAAUUUAAUGAAAAAGGUUAAAAAUCCACUUCGUCUCGGGCACCCUGAGAUGGGACUCGACCCAUGAUCUUUCGCAAUCCGGGCGACCGCUCUGACCACUGAGCUACCCAGGACCUAACAGGACUGACGAAUCUUUCAAGCGCUCGUUACUAUUUCGCUACUACAGAGCGUAUUUUCAUCAAUGUUCAGACGAUCCAACCGAACAGCUGAAAGAAAUAUUUUUACAAAUUGUAAACUUUCGACAAAGAUGAAAAUUCGUUUUUAUUAUUAUAUUUGAUGAAUUUUGCAUUCACAAUGCUACACUUUGUCCAGGGACAAAGUUUUCAAGCAUUUCUCAUUAAGAAUAUUUUUCAGUGUACCAUUGUGAAUGCAAAAUAGAAGUUUUGCGCACAGAGCAAGACUUCAGGGUGUAGUAGUGUAAUGUGCAGGGCGGGUACGCCACGGUGGGGCGUGCGCCCCGCGCGGGGGGCGGCGUGGGGGGCGGGGGCGGGGGCGGCGCGGGGGGCAACGUGGGGGGCGGCAUGGGGGGCGGGGGCGGGGGCGGCGCGGGGGCGGACGCGCCCGCCGACCCCGACCAGCAGCUGCGCUACGAGAACGACCGCCUCAAGCUGGCCCUCGCGCAGAGGUGAGCGUAUAUUUUCGCACAUUAAGUUAACAAUCAGAUUUUUACUUCAGAAAUAAUGUUCUAUGAGAAAUAGUGUCCGACCGAAGGUCUAUUUUUGACCGAAGCCGAAGCCGAAGCCGAAGCCGAUUAAUCGGCAAUCGCCACGACCUUCGGCAAAAGCCGAAGCCGAAGCCGGUGGUUUAUAAUUUCUCAGUAAUUAAUUUUGUUCAAUAUUGUCUACAAGCUACAAUUAAUAUUAAAAUUAUUUCAAAAUUUCAAUAUU